UCACUCAGGAAGGUACUGUAGCUAUGACAUGUGGGGACAGACUAAGAAGCCCACCAUUAAGCCAUAAAAUGGACAUAUGGAUAAAAGUAACCCUCUUGCUGUUUCUUAUAGGAACGUUGGUGAAGCCUCGUCUGAGCACUGUGAUCCUGGAUCAGCCACCAAGGACAGUGGAAGUUCAUCUUGGUUCCUCUCUUACCCUGAACUGCAGUUUUAUGCCCCAAACUCGUGUCAAGGUGAACUGGUAUUUCAGCCCAACUGGCCACUCAAGCUGCAGCUCCAAUACACUGCUGUACAGCAGUACCCAUUCGGCUGACAAAACUGUGAAGCUGGGUGCUGGGGGUCAUGAAUCUAAAGAAUCUAGAAAGAGUUGGUCCAGAUUAAUUCUUAAAGAUGUUACACACAAUAACAGUGGAUGGUACUUUUGCCAUGUCUCAGUAGAGAUUCCCGUCCUUCAACAAGCAUGCAGCAAUGGAACUCAAGUUAAUAUAUCGGACAACCAGAUGAAAAGUACCACUUAUACUCCUUUGAUGACAGCAGUGGGAGCAGCGAGUGCCAUACCUGUCACACUGCUAGUGCUCAUCUGGAUCUUACUACAACGAAGGAGAUGCAAGAGCAGAGAAAAUCCUAUCUAUUCGAAUAUGCCUCCACCAAGAUCUGCAAUAAAACAGCCCUCUCCGCAUCCAGGAAUACAGAUGGACAACCAGAAGAUUCCUUCUCCUUUAAAACACACCAGGACCCCACCCACAGCCCAUUACAGCGAACAUCUCAGGACGCCAACUCCAGCCAGGGCAAAUGACAGACAACUCUUCAGGACCCCAAACCCACCCAGGGUCCAUGAAGGCAAACACCUUACAAUCCCAACUCCAGCCACAGCCCAUGACAACAAAUUCAGCCCAAAACCCUGAGACUUUUUAUGAUUCCAAUUAAUCAUAUUUCCUCUACUGAAACUAUGUCAGCAAGUAAUUCGUUAUCUCGUGUGUUGUGAGUGUAGUCUGACUUGGUCCUAUCCUGUCCUAUUACAUGAGCUAUCACUUUAGCAUGUUUUUUUCAGGGACACCUGUUGAUUACUUCUCCAGCAAUUGGCAUGCCAUGGUAGUCUACUAAAUUCAGAGACAUUAUUGUUGUGUAAAUAUUAUUCUCAGGGUCAUUUAAAGUUCCCCAAAUUCUAUAAAGCGUAAUUUAGCAAUAAGGAAAAUAAGUGCUAUUUUCUGGAAUGUACAGUAUGUUGUAUCAGUAGCCUUUGUAAAAAGACUGGGCAACACACUGUGGGCUUGAAGGAAAUAUCUACAGCUGUUAAUAGUGCAUUAAUAAAAUUCCAUAUUCAAUA